AUGAAUCGUGAGAAUCCACGAAUUGCAACAGUCACCGCUCAAUUCGGCGAGCCCCAGCACCACUAUCAACGAGCCUUGCGGACCCAUCUGGUCCACAGCAUAAUCCACGGCACCGAUGUUCAUGUCCUCUGCGAAAACAUCGUCGACGAUCUAUGGAACAAACCUGCCUUCAUUCUUUCGAUCCUUCUCGACGAGCUCGCGAAACCCAAAGAAGAGAGACUGGAAUGGUUGAUGUGGGUAGACCGUGACACCAUCGUUCUGGACAACUGCCGGUCUCCAGCAAGUUUCCUGCCCCCUGCUCCUGGAUGGGCCGCGAACGGACCAGACCCGGCAUACAUCACCAAGCGAGACAAGUUCCCCAAAGGCAACAUUCACCUCCUUGCGACGACGGACUGGAAUGGUUUGAACAACGGGGUAUUCUUACUGAGGGUCAACAGGUGGAGCGUUGACCUCUUCGACUCGAUCUUGUCUUACCGACACUACAAGCCGGACGUGGAGCUGAAGUUUACGGAGCAAAGUGCCAUGGAGCUUCUCCUUCAAGAAGAAAAGUUUCGACACAAUGUGACGUGGGUACCUCAGUGGUGGUUCAAUGCUUACCCUGGUCCACAGAGGGACUUCACAGCGGAUGAGCAGGUCAAACUGGAGGCGUAUCAUGCAAGGCCCGGAGACUUCCUUGUUCACUUCGCCGGGGUUGGCAAUCGGGAAGAGGCCAUGACUCCCUGGCUCCGGGUCGCCGAGUUGAGGACAAGUGGUUGGGCUGCCGGGCCUACGCAGAGAAAGCUCGACUACGAGGUUGCAGACUUUUGGCGCAAGAGAGCUGUCAAAAGCCCUUAA